AUGUUUCGCUCAACUGAUGUCCCACGAGUCUACCAGAGCGCUGAAGCUUUGGCCAUGGGGUUGUUCCCGAAAAUCGUCGAGGGUGAUCCGUCGACCCUCAAUAUCAUCAUCCCUGAUAGGUCGAAAGACACCUUGACACCCAGCGCUACGGUGUGUCCUCGUCUCAAGAAUGCUCUUGAUGAGUUCCACAAUUCAUCUGAAGCCAAGAUACGUGCAGAGCGUACGAGCUCCGAACGGACGAUCUUGGGCUCCACCACUGGUCGCAGCGAGGCAUUCAAUACCAAUGAUCCACGGGACAUGCUCAAUAUCUACGAUUCGCUCUUCGACUGCCUGUCUACCCACGUUUGCUCAACUGUCCCUAGUGAGCCCAAGGAUGUCCCUAGAGGUCUAGGCCCGAGUAGUAUCUUAUUCAAGCAUGUUGAGAGGGAGGGGCUAUUCUGGUUCAUCAAUCGUUAUGGUACAUCCGAUAAGAUUCGAAAGCUUGCCUAUGGGCCCUUCAUUCAAGACUUGCUCGAGGAUUUGAGUGUCACUAGGAGGCGUUUAUCGGUUUAUCUUGGUCAUGAUACUGGACCGGCCAACGCCAUCACCGACACACUGCAGUUGACCUGGAUGGAUUCUGGCAAUGCAUGCGCUAAGAGCUGGCCACCAUUUGGCAGUAUGUUGGUAAUGGAGAUCUACUCCGACGACCAAGUUCGUUUUAUUUAUAACGGCCGAGUAGCCUCUGUCGAGGCCAUCCAAGAAUGCAGGGGCAAGUGA